CAGAGAUCCAGAAAAAAGAGUACAAGUGUACAGCCCCAUCCACAAAUCCUUCCAUCACCGGGCUUCACGUGAACCCUAGCUAGCUAGCUCUUACGUACUCACGUUACGUAGCUGUUUCAUCUUCAGAUCAUCACGGUAGCUUGGCAUGGGCGGCGCUCGCGCCCUGGCGUGCUUCCUCUGCGUCUCGAUCUCGCGGCGGGGGCGCACGGCGAGGCUGGUGCUGUGGGGUGGCGAGGCGCGGGCCGCCAAGCACGGGACGCAGGCGGGGCAGGUGAUGCUCGACUUCGCGGGGACCGUCGUGUGCCUCGCCGACGGGUUCUACAUCGGCCGGCCCGCGCCGGUGCUGGCCAUCGAGGACCGCCUCGUCGCGGGGGCCACCUACCUCGUGCUCCCCGUCGACCGCCUGCCGCAGGGCUACGACGCGGUCACCGCGGCGUCCCUGGCCGCGCUCUCCUACGACAAGGCCAGCCCGGCGGGGUCCAUUGCCGGGGGACCCAGGAGCCCGUUCGAGUACGUCAAGGGCGAAGACGGACGGAGGGUGAUCAAGGUCACCCCGGAGUUCCUCGUGAAGGCCGUCACUGCGAGACCGGGCUGCGGCGGCGGCGGGGGUGGGGCCGAGGUCGACGGAGAGGGCGCGUGCGGCGGGGCGCUGUGCAGCACGCCGGAGCUGAGGAAGCACUACGAGCAGCUGGUGGGAUCCGGGAGGGGGAGGACAUGGUCGCCGCGGCUGGACACGAUCAAGGAACGCAAGGGGAGGAGGCUCGUGGCGGCGGUGAGCCCCGGAAGGCUGUCGCCGGUGGCAGUCAGGCUGUUAGGGCUGGGCAAAGGAGAAUUCAGGUAGCCAAAGGCUACCAAGGUUCAGUGGCGUGUUAACAUUUACCAGCUCAUUGCUUGUUUCGUUUUGUUUGACGGGAUCAAGCAAUUGAGAGUUGAUUUGUACAAAUUGAGCGAUCGACUCUGGAUAUGUUAUCGUCAUGACCAAAGAAGAAUUUGGUAUAGCUAGGCGUUCUAUCGACAAAUCGUGUAUUCUAGUAUUGCUUUACUUGAUUUUGUUGACGAAAUUGUACAUACAUCAAUUUUCAUUUUACUAAGUAAAUGUGUCA